GUGUCAAAUAUUAAAUAAUCGUUGUACAUUUCGGAAAAUUCCCCUAACAGUGACUAAAAUAUGAGUCGCAAUCAAGCUGGUAACCGUAUACAAGUUCCUAAUGACUUACGUGAAGUUUUGUUGGAGUUUACUAUUAGCUAUUUGUUGGAACAACCAGGAGAUGUAAUAGUGUACGCUGCUGAUUAUUUUAGUAGACUUCGAGAGUCUAGAACUGCAGCUUUAAUUUAUGGUCCAACUACACCUGGAUCUAUUUCACCUGAGGAGUCAACAAUAUCUGUAGAUGAAGAACCUCCUGUAGAACGUAUAACAACGAGACGUAAGUCGGUGUUUGCGGAGACUUACGAUCCUGAGGAAGACGAUGAGGAUGAUGAUGGAGUACGAGAGGUAUUCCCCAAAUCAGAUGAACAAAGACAACGGCUGGCUGAAGCGGUUCGCAAUAUUUUACUCUUUCGGGCCCUUGAUAAGGAACAGAUGAGCGAGGUACUUGAUGCAAUGUUUGAACGAAAAGUUAAACAAGACGAACUUGUCAUUAAACAGGGCGAUGAUGGGGAUAAUUUUUAUGUUAUUCAAAGUGGAAUAUUUCAUGCCAUGGUUGCCAGUGAAACAUCUCAAACACCAGUUCACAUACAUACUUAUGACAAUGGUGGAAGUUUUGGUGAACUUGCUCUUCUAUACAACAUGCCACGUGCUGCAACUAUUAAAGCAGUCACACAUGGUUCUUUGUGGGCAAUGGAUCGUCAAACAUUUCGUCGUAUACUUCUUAAAUCCGCUUUUAAAAAAAGAAAGAUGUACGAGUCUCUAAUUGAGAGUGUACCUAUGCUCAAAACUUUACAGUCGUAUGAACGCAUGAACCUUGCAGAUGCCCUUGUACCUAGAACAUUCAAUGAUGGUGAUAUAAUUAUUAAACAGGGAGAUGUAGCUGACGGGAUGUAUUUUGUGGAGAAUGGAGAAGUGGUAAUCAGCAUUUUGGAUGAUAGCGGUAAGGAAGUUGAAAUUAACCGUAUAGGAAAGGGAGGUUACUUUGGCGAGCUAGCAUUGGUUACUCAUAGACAUAGAGCAGCUUCAGCCUUUUGUGAUGGUGACGUUAAAUUAGCUUUUCUUGAUGUGGAAGCAUUUGAAAGAUUAUUGGGACCUUGCAUGAACAUAAUGAAACGAAACAUAACUGAUUAUGAAGAACAAAUGCUCAAAAUUUUUGGAUCAAAGCAUAAUAUUAAAGAUAUCCGUUGAAGACAACGAUAUAAAAGUUUAAAAAUUUUUUUAUUAUACUAAAUAAAAUUUUUGUAUUACAUGAUUAUACUCUAUUUAAAAAAUA